CACGGCUUCUCCUCCUCCGCUCAGCGACAGGGGCUUCCCCUCAGCCGCCGCCGCCGCCGCCGCCGCCGGCCGAGCCCCGCCGCGCCCGCGGCCCGCAGCCGCAAUGCAGUUUAUGUUGCUUUUUAGUCGUCAUGGAAAGCUUCGACUGCAGAAAUGGUAUGUCCCAUUAUCAGACAAAGAGAAGAAAAAGAUCACAAGAGAACUUGUUCAAACCGUUUUAGCACGGAAACCUAAAAUGUGCAGCUUUCUUGAGUGGCGAGAUCUGAAGAUUGUUUACAAAAGAUAUGCCAGUCUAUAUUUUUGCUGUGCUAUUGAGGAUCAGGACAAUGAACUAAUUACCCUGGAAGUAAUUCAUCGUUAUGUGGAAUUACUUGAUAAGUAUUUUGGCAGUGUGAGUGAACUUGAUAUCAUCUUUAAUUUUGAGAAGGCUUAUUUUAUUUUGGAUGAGUUUCUUUUGGGAGGAGAAGUUCAGGAAACAUCCAAGAAAAAUGUCCUUAAGGCAAUAGAGCAGGCUGAUCUACUGCAGGAGGAAGCUGAAACCCCACGUAGUGUUCUUGAAGAAAUUGGACUGACAUAACUCUUCUCCCCUGUUGAUGACUUCUUGUGGCAUUUCACACACUGUAGAUGGUCACUGCCUUCAUGUCCAUGUUAGCUAAUGGUGUAAGAUGACGUCUUGUCAGUAUUACUGUUCUGCUAAGCUGCUUCACUCUGGCCUACACAAUUUUUUUUUAAAGGGAACUUUGGUUAAUCAAGUGAUAACAAGGGAUUUAAAUAUGAAUUAGAAUGAAGGAAAAGAAAGGUACUUUUUCUGGCUAUUUUAAAGUUUAUAGGUCUGUUUCUCUUGAAUAGAUUAUUAUCAUUACCUUGAUUAUGUGUAUCUAUGAAUAUGACACAAUCAGGCAAUAGACAUUUAUUAAUUACUGUCUGGCAAAAAAGUUAAAUUAUGUGAAACCUGGUUUUAUGAAACCAAAGACUAGUGCAUUUCAGUAUGUAUGCAAAUAAAGGGAACUGAUAUGGCACAUAUCGAAUGAAAAUUUCACUCUAUGUUGAAACUCUAGAAAAAAAACAAAUUUAUACCAAAGACCCUUAUUAGAAACUAAACACCUUAAAACAAAGGCAAUACACAAAAGACUAAUGGAAUGAUGCUGUUUUACACUAAAAAUUAUUUCUUAGGCAUUCUAAACCUGGAAUGAGGAACAGAGAUCAGCUGUUUCAUAAUAGUAAGCAUGUUAUUUUUAAGGCCAAGGAACAUCUGACUCCUGAGAUAAGUUUUUUGUGGUUAUAAUCACUCAGUAACGUAGUUGGAUUGUUUUUGAUGCCCCCAAAAUUAAAUGGAAUUGUUGACUUACCAGGGAUUCUUAAUCUCUUACGGAAAAUGUGCUACUCUCUUCACAAAGUGUAGCAUAAGUCAUUGUUUAAAGCACGAAUAUUCCUUCUGGGGUGCUUGUUACAGCCAAAUUUAUUUUACUCCCCUAUUGCUUCCCUCCACUUAGAAGUGCAGCAAACUGUAGGGCAGCUUCCUUCCCUUCCAUGGCACUGCCUAGUUAUCGGAAAUCAUAAAUAUAAAAACGGACACCACCUCUCAUAGGAAAGUGUGAGUUGAAUGAAGUAAAAUGGCAUUAGCGGGCUCUAUAUUUUUAAAGGAUAUACAGUUGUUUCAAUGUCACUUUUAUACAUACUUCUACGUAUGUAAACAUGUCUUCACAGUUUACACUUCAUUUGUAUCUGCUGGGCUGGAUUAAGCUUUGUUGUGAUUGUGACCAGUAUUCAGGCCACAUGAGCACUGUCUUAUCACAUCACCAAUUAGUUGUAAUAAAUGUUAAAUGCACAC